AUGCCGAAUACUUGUGGCUAUAAAAAACAAUUAAUCAGAUACAUGGUUGAGAAGACCAAAGAUAGAACUACCCCAUUGAGUUUGACAUGUUUCGCGAGAGAUUUCUUGACAACCACAGGCGUCGUUCGACAUCCGAGAAGUGUUGAAAAAAUGUGUAGAAGAAUCAUGGCAAAAGCACACCUCUUGAAGAAGAAUACCCUCACGAAAGUUCGAAUUAUGUUUGUGCUGAGUGGCGUAGUAAACGAAGAGUUCAAAAAAGAAAUGGAUCAGAUAGGCACGUUCACAAUUGACAAUACAGGACAUAUUGAGACAUUCAAGGCAAAUGAUGGAAGUUUAACCCUUGUAUGCAUGAAUAAUGGUAAUGGAACAAGACUGAGAUCACGAUCUGAAAAGGUGAAAGCCAAAAAAGUCGAUUCGGAAUCCGACUCUGACGAAGACGAAGAAAUGAACGAAACUGGGGGCGAUAAUGACGUCAUAAUCGACAAUUAUCCUCCAAAUCACCAGCCGCCAGUUGCUCAAUACAAUCGAAGUGAACAGAAGUUGAAAGAAGAUCAACAAUCCCCUCCACCAUGGAUGGGUAUUCAACCACAGCAUUCAUGGAACUGGGGUAAUGACCAGAAUCCAGAUUACUCGAGAAAUCAGAUGACUAAUUCCUGGAAUGGAAUGAACCCAAAUCAAAUGUAUGGCGCCCAACAACCUGUUGCUUUUGCUCCUGUCCCUCCUCCAGCUGCUCACUAUCCAGGUUUUUCCAAUACCAACCCGAUCAGCCAAUCAGUUCUUGAUACCCCCAUCAAAUCAGAAGUCCCAGAUAUUCCUUCUCAUGCUAUCGUUAAGUCUUCAGAAGCGCCGGAAGACUCGAACAAUAUAUCUGGCCUCUGUUCGUCAGGACUUAUCUCGAUGGGAGUAACAGAGACAAUAAGUGCAUUGGAGCUAGUGAAAGGAAUCAGGCGAAUCUCAUCUGUAUAUGAUCUGGACAAUUUGGAAUACGAAGCAAAUCAAAGAGUCAGGGAUCUUCAAGAUAAUAACAAAAAUAUCUCCCAAUCUGUCGACUUCUCCAUUUUUAUCGAAGGAAUCAUUUGCAAAAUCAAGCGUGCACCUGCUCCGAAUUCUGGUGGAAUCAGUCUGAAAGAGUUCUUGAUGUUUUUCCGUUCAAAUGUACUGUAUGAUUUAGAGGCGCAGUCACUGGAACAAACAAUGCAAGGAAUCAAAGAAGACAUUGAGCAGUUGCAGAAUUCUGGUAACCAGAAAAUGGUGUCAAUUGAGACGAUUCGAAGCAACCUUGAGGCUCUUCUGAACCUCACCAGAUCAUCCUGA